AUGGUGAAAAAUGCCUCCAGAGCAAAAAUCGAGUAUGUCAUUUUCGAUAUGGACGGCCUCCUGAUUGACUCUGAGAGGGUAUAUACGGAGGUCACCAACAACAUCCUAUCUCAGUACGGCAAGGAGAUGACCUGGGACAUCAAAGCUGGUCUGAUGGGCAAACCCGAACGUGAAGCAGCCGCACAUCUUCUCUCUUUUUUCCCUGAUCUCCCUCCCGACUUCACGCUGGACGCCUACCUCGACCUCCGGCGCAAAGGCCAAGAUGAGCUCUGGUCCACCGUUCAGCCGCUUCCAGGCGCAGUCCGCCUAGUCCGCCAUCUCCACCAGCACCGCAUUCCCAUCGCCGUCGCGACCGGCUCGCAGCGGCGGAACUACGCGCAGAAGAGCGCGCACCUCGAGGAUGUGCUCUUUGGCUGUUUCGAGGGCCGUGUCGUAUGCGCCGAUGACGGACUAAUCGCUCCCGGAAGAGGCAAGCCGCAUCCCGACGUGUUCCUGGUAGCAGCGGAGCGCAUGUUGGGGCGGAAGGUCGGCAUGGACGAGAUUGUCGCGGACGAAUGGAAGAUUGAGCGUUCGAAGGGAUUGGUCUUCGAGGAUGCAAUUCCAGGCGUCCAGGCUGGCAAGAGGGCCGGGAUGAAUGUCGUCUGGGUCCCGGAUGCAAACCUUCUUUCGCUGGGCGAGGCAGGUCCGACGCUGGACGUCGAGCAACCGGAUCAUACCAUACGAUCUUUGGAAGACUUCAAGCCCGAGGACUGGGGCCUCCCUCCAUUCGAUGACACUGCAUGA